CCUUGGAGCUCAAGGAAAAUUGAUGGCUACCGCUGUCAGGCGCACCAUUGCGUACUCAUCGUUGAGAAUCGGAGCAGAACACUUUGGCUUGAGACAGAUCAGGAGAAUCAUUCUACACAAGAGCAUUUUGGUGCGUCCAUUUUCUGCAAUGACCCCGAACGCAGUCAAGCCGGAGGGGUCAGCGGCACAGGUUGAUGGAGGAGUGGCGCUAGCAAAUGGUGUCGCGGCCCGAGUUGCAAACGGAGCACCAUAUGCAGGCGCCAAUACGUUGGUUCCAGAGGCCGCGUACAAAGUGUUUCGGCUGGCUGAGGAGGAGAGCGCCUCUGACUGGGUUAAGGACUUGGAGUUGGAUGGAGCCAAGGGGUUCCAGCCAACCGGCCAGCUCAUCACGACACCCCCAAAGAUCCUCGUCCUGUAUGGGUCCCUCCGAGAACGAUCGUACUCGCGCCUCCUCGCGUAUGAGUUUGCCCGAAUCCUCGACUUGCUAGGCUGCGAUGUCCGUGUGUUCGACCCCCGAGGCCUCCCCAUGAAGGACGAAGUUUCGGACGCUCACCCCAAAGUGUUGGAGAUCCGGGAGCUGUCCGUCUGGUCCGAAGGCCAUGUCUGGGUUUGCCCGGAGCAGCACGGCACCAUCACUGCCGUCUUCAAAAACCAGAUUGACUGGAUACCGCUCAACCUGGGCUCCGUGCGCCCCACGCAGGGACGCACGCUUUGCAUCGCCCAGGUGAACGGGGGCUCCCAAAGUUUCAACGUCGUUAAUACCCUCCGGGUGCUAGGCCGGUGGAUGCGCAUGAUAGUCGUCCCCAAUCAGUCGUCGGUUCCCAAGGCGUGGACGGAGUUCGACGAGCGGGGCCGUAUGAAAGCUAGCGGCUUGCGGGAUCGAGUUGUCGACGUCGCAGAAGAGUUCCAUAAGUUUACGCUGUUGACAAGGGAACAUGCAGCCUUUCUGGUCGAUAGGUACAGCGAACGGAAGGAAAAGCGGGAGAAAGGGCGCCUCUUAUCUCAAGCGGAGAAAGAGGCGGCCAAAGAGAAGCAGCCCGUCGCCACAAGCACGUCAAAAUAGCACAGUGUUUCUUCGUGCUCUGAUCACCAUCCGUGGUUUUUAAGCAGCUUCGCGUACAGAUGAGUUUCUCAAUUAACCAUGAGCUUGAGAUGUAUUUUAGUCACACGGUCAAGCUAUCACAAGGUAUAGCUAAGGAGUCAUCACUUGAUUGAUCAUUUGCGAAGCGCAGACACAGCGCUCGAGUAGAAGGGGGUCAAAGUGAAACGGUGACGGGGUACUUGGGGUACUUACGUUGCUGACAAGGAGCUAAGCAAUGAGGUAGAAUGCUUCCUGAAUUGAUUCUUAGCCUAGUCGGAGUUUCAAGAUAGGCCACCCGCCCAACUAUUUAUGCGACCGAGUCAAGACCAUUACUAUCAAAAAGUAUUGGUAGCUUUGAAUAUGGAGCCAUCAAGUUCUGCGGCACAUGCACUGGUAUAGUGAUUGGACUGGAUUUUACAUCCCGUUG